AUAAUCUAAAGAAUAUUACAAAUAACAAUUUAUGGCAACUAAUUAUCAAAAUUAUAGAAUAUAAGAUGUGUAUGCUAAUCAAGUGCAAUUUAUUUAUUGUGUGUGAUUCUCUUCGGUACGUCUGAGAGCCAAAGAUAAUCUCAAAACUUUUUAAAAACUUUGAAACUCAUUGGCAUUGUCCUAUCAAUUAUAUAAUUUGUUAUUUUUUGGGGAUUGUUUACAUCUUUAAAUAUUUUUGUUAGAAUUACCUCUUUUCUGACUCAAGGCUGAGAGAAAUAAACUAAUGAUAAUAAAUCUCAGGUAAUUCAAAUCUCUCUUUUAUAUUUCAUGGCUGAUUUUUUUAUUGGGGUUAUGCGUGAAAUAUUUGUUUUUUCUUAAUUAUAUUUUUCUGAUGUUUUAAGAUUAGUAUUAAAUGUAAUCGUUUUCUAAACGUUCUAAUGUAUUCUUUGUUCAUAUGAACAUAGUAUAAAUAUCAAUAUGUAACAUCAAAUUUUUCAUAUUAACCAUAUACAUGUAACAUAAGUAUUAUAUAGUUGUAAAUAUAUAAUUAUUAAUUUAAUAUUAAUGUUAAUGCUCGCAUAUACGUGCGGGCGGUCCACCUAGUUUCUAUUAUAGAAGAAGAAAUAGAAGUGGGUUAGUGUAAUUUUACCUCUAAUUUCUAUUAUAGUGGUAAGAACACUAAUAAGUUGAAGAUACUCUAAAAAUUCUGUGUUUUUAUCCAAUUAUUAAAACUUUUUGGCAAAAUUUUAUUAUGUGUAUAUGAGUUUUCUGAAAAACUUUAAGCAAAUGUAUCUAGAAUUGUUGAAAUUAUAUUAUUUAAAAUUAGUAAUACUAUUAAAUUAAUAAAAAACAUAUCAUUUAUAUAAAAUCCCGCAGUGUAGCGCGGGUAUCUACCUAGUUAUUUCAAAAAGUCAAAAAUAAAUAUGAAAAGAUCAUCAAAAUGCCUAAAAUUAGUAUAAAAUCUCCGAAAUUCUAAUUUAGCUAGAAAAUCAAUAAAUUUUAUGGGGAUAAUAGGACCAAAGAUCUAGACAUUGGCUCUAGUAUUAACUGUGAUGUACAAGUUCAAUGUUUUUGAGGUGGUCAGUCAUGAGAACAACUAUGGGAAACCUAUUAUAUAACAGAGAUAAGAACCAAGAACCAAGAACCACAACAACGCUUUCAUUUCGCAAAAUGGAUACGAAAAGGAAGAUCUCGCAAUCCCGCAAGAGGCAGCAACAAGAAGCAGACGGUGAUAUUUCGAACUCAUGGAUCUGCAAGAACCCGUCUUGUAGAGCUAACGUGCCUUUAGAUGAUUGUUAUUGCAAGUGGUGUUCUUGUUGCGUGUGCCAUGCUUUCGAUAAGACCAACGACCCAACCCUUUGGUUGGUUUGUGAGUCCGAGAAACCAAACGACGUCGAGUUCUGUGGCUUGUCGUGCCAUGUCGAGUGUGCGUUUCGAAAAGACAUGGUAUGGGUUAAUGCUAAUGGGAAUCUGAUGAAGCGUGAUGGAUAUUUCUGUUGCUACUCUUGCGGCAAGGUUUCUGACAUUCUCGGAUUUUGGAAGAAGCAGCUUGUGGCAGCAAAGGAUGCACGAAGGAUAGAUGUUCUAUGUUACAGGAUAGAGUUGAGUUACAGGCUUCUCGAUGGGACUAGUCGUUUUUCUGAGCUACAUGAGAUUGUUAAAGAAGCUAAAUCUAAGCUGGAAGUUGAAGUUGGUCCUCUUGACGGGCCUUGUGCGAGAAAUGACCGGGGCAUUGUUAGUCGGCUUCCUGUUGCAAUGCAGGUGCAAGAGCUCAGCAGUUUUGCUAUCAGAAGGGCAGAGUAUUGGUCAACCAGUGUAGCCAGAGAUUUGGUUCCUGCUGCAUGCAGGUUUGAUUUUAUAGAUGUUGCGCCUAGACAAGUGAUCCUUCGUUUGAUUGAGCAUCCUAGUGCUGAAGAACGUGGUGUGAAGGGUUAUAGGUUAUGGUGUGACAAGAAAGGAGAGACGCCUGAGGACGAUCAGUUUGACACUGAUUUGAGUAGAGGAGAAGCACAGAGGAUGAGGAUAUUGUUUUCUGACCUUGAGCCUUGCAAGGAGUACAUAUUCCGUGCUGUAUCUUACACAAGAGCUGGGGUUUUAGGUCAUUCUAUCGCUGGAUGCUUUACCAAGAGCAUUGAGAUUUUUCAGCGGAGCCGUGGUAACUCUGUGGAUGGUAUAGGAGAAAGACAUUAAGGUCUUUGGUCCUUUUUUUUUUAAUCCUUAAUAAAAUAUGUACUACACAUGUAAGCUAUUUUUUAAAAAAAAAAUUGUCCUAGACUUUACACAUUUAUAACAUGUAAGUUUUAGUUUGUCAAAAAAUCAAUAUAUAUACUACUUAUGGGGAUAAUCGAGACGAUAUAUCUUAGAUUUUGCUCUGAACAUGUCCAAUUGAUAUAUAGACAACAAAUUAAAUAUCAAAUACUAUUAAAUUAGGAACAUGUCCAAUUGAUAAAAUGUUGUGUUCAACUAUUAUUUCAACAAAACAUACCUUUUAAAUAUAACUGCAAUUAAAUUAAAUUUAUGAAUUUAACCACCAUGACCAGUUUGAUUAAAAAAAUAUAUCGAUGCAGUUAUUCAUACAAACAACAAUUAAUAUAUCACGUCAGUUACCAGAGACACGUUUAUGCCAAUAUAUUUUUUUUUAAUAAUAAGUGACUAUAAAUCUAGAUACCAAAGAAAUAAAAACAUUAGAAAAAUCAACUUUUUUAAUUAAAUUUAUGCCAAUAUAUAUUGACAUUCCAAACACAUAUCAAUUGUAACUAUAACUUUGUUAUUUUUUAAAAAAAAUUUAAUGAAUCUUUAAAAAUAAAGUACAAAAUUAAUGUGUGAAAUAACUAUGACACAAUUGUAUAGUUAUGUAACAUCAUAAAUUCAAUACAAUUAUCAAAAGCCUCUUACUAAUAAUUUUAAAAAUAUUAUACACACAUAUAAAUUAAAUUUCUUUAACCUAUAAGAAAAAAAUACACAAAUGUUACAUAUUUACAUUAAAAAAAUUACAAACCAACAUUAUACAUGCGGAUCAAGAUCUAGAACUCACAAAUAUGAUUACAAAGAAACGGGCAUACAGACAAUAUGAUUACAAAGAACUAAGCGUGUGCCAUCAACUUUUAAAUGAAUAUUUUAUAAAAUAGAUUUAGAUUUAUACACAUAUAUGAUUACAAAGAAAAACACAAAUAUAAUUAUUAAAAAAUAUAAAUAUGAAAAUUAAAUUUCUAAAAAAAAUUAAAACAAAAAUAUACUUGCCCUUUCAAGGGCGGGUCAGAAUCUCGUAUAAAUUAAAUUUCUUUAACAUAUAAGAAAAAGUUACAAAAAAUAUUACAUAUUUACAUUAAAAAUACAAAAAAAAUGCAAAAAUACAAACCAACAUUAUACAUGCGGGUCAAGAUCUAGAAUCGACAAAUAUGAUUACAAAGAAACGGGCAUACGGGUCAAUAUGAUUACAAAGAACUAAGCGUAUGCCGUCAACUUUUAAAUGACUAUUAUUUUAUAAAAUAGAUUUUGAUUAAGAUUUAUACACAAAUAUGAUUACAGAGAAAAACAAAAAUAAAUUAUAAAAAACACAAAUAAGAAAAUUAAAUUUCUAAAAAAAUUAAAACAAAAAUAUAUUCGCCCUUUGAAGGGCAGGUCAGAAUCUAGUAUUCUAUUUUAUUUUGGUUAUUGUUCGAUAUAAAUAUUGAUUUUUGAUUUUCUUCUCAUUUCGUUAUUUUGUUUUGGCCUCAGAUUUAGAAAAUGUUUAAGAUUUAAAAUUAUUAAAAAGAUACAUACUUAGGUUAAGAUCCACGCCUUGUGCAGAAUAAGUAUUUUAUAUUUAUUAUUUAUUUUAUGUUUUUCUACAUAUUAUGAAAUAAUAAAAUAAUAAUUAUAUAUUAAAUAACUAUGAAAUGAGUUACUAUUAUGUAAUAAAUUGGCGUGCGCAUAUAAAUCAAACCACCGUUCUUAUUUAUUCGCAAUCAUUUUAA